UGUUGUUUUCUACGGGAUGAAAUCGAGGAACGCGAGGAUUCAUUGAUUGUGUCCCGUCUGACGAGAGUCCGCUUGACAAUAAUCGAGUUUUCACAAAUAGCCACUAGAUGACACUAUAUCAUCGAUACAUCCACGUAUCCGAGAUUGAAAGUCCCAGCGUGGGCGUCUCCGGCCACUGGGCGGGGCUCACCCUGGCCCUGCUGUCCGCCAUCUUGAUUGGCGGCGGCGUCAUUCUCAAGAAGAAAGUGCUUCUCCGGUUGGCCAGCAGGGGGCAAACCAGAGCAGGUGAUGGCGGUCACGGCUACCUGAAGGACCGCUUGUGGUGGACUGGCCUGCUCACAAUGGGCGCUGGAGAGGCCUGUAACUUUGCGGCCUACAUGUUUGCGUCAGCCACGCUGGUGACGCCGCUGGGAGCGCUCAGCGUUCUUUUCAGUGCACUUUUGUCCUCCUACCUACUGGGGGAGCUGUUGAAUGUUGUGGGCAAGCUGGGCUGCGUGCUGUGCAUGCUGGGAAGCGUCCUGCUGGUGAUCCACGCCCCGCAGGAACAGGAAGUGACGUCACUCCAGGAAUUGCGCCGCAUGCUGCUGCAGCCAGGAUGAACGCGGACUAUGAAAAGCUACAAUUCACAUCGCGACAUCCGAUGUCCCAGAAGAGAAGGCACGCAAACUCACCCCAUACACAAGCUCCCCCACCAUGCCGUUCCACAUCUUGGUGCUGGGGUCCCGGGCGCCGUACUUGCCGUCGCCCACCAGCUCCAGGCGCUGCUCGUGGUUGUUCUUCAGCAUCAUGUAG